AUGGCGUCCAAUUCAAAUGGUUUUGAUGAUAUGGUUGAGUUGCCGCAAAUCAAUGAAAAAGACAUCGGGGAAAACCUUCGCGUUCGCCUCAAGAAAGAAGUGAUUUAUACAUACAUUGGCCGCGUGUUGAUAGCAGUGAAUCCUUUCAAAGCUCUGAAAAUCUAUGGCUCAGAUGCCGUGGAUUUCUACCGCGGGGGUGAAGAAGCAGACGACAUGGGUACACCAAAAAUUGACGACCGAGCAACCCGCUGUACAACUGCACAGAUGCCUGCAGACAUUUUGGAUGGCAGAAGGAGAAGUAUACAAAAAGAAACUUCAAGUGAGACUGGAAUGUUCAAGAAUAUAAAGGGUCCCAAGCCUCCUCAUUUGUAUGCCUUGACAAACACCAUGUAUCAGAAUAUGAUGAUUGAACAUGAGAAUCAGUGUGUUAUCAUCAGUGGAGAGAGCGGGGCGGGUAAGACAGUUUCUGCAAAACACAUCAUGAACUUCAUUUCUAAAGCUUCUGGUAAAGGAUCAGCAAAAGUUGAGAAUAUUAAGGACAUCAUCAUUCAAUCCAAUCCCUUACUGGAAGCCUUUGGUAACGCCAAGACCACGAGGAACAAUAACUCAAGCAGAUUUGGUAAAUUUAUGGAAAUCCAGUUUAACUAUUCCGGCCAUCCCGAUGGAGGAAAGGUUUCAAACUUUCUACUAGAAAAGUCCCGUGUAGUGACUUUGAACCAGAAUGAGAGGAACUAUCAUGUCUUCUAUCAGUUACUUGCUGGCUGCGCAAAAGAAAAUCGAACUGAUGUCGGAAUAGAGGUCACCAAACCAGAGACUUAUUACUAUCUGAACCAGACUGGUGUUUACACAGUGGACGGCACUAACGACACUGAUGAUUACCAUGAUUUAAUAAAAGCCAUGACUGUGGUAGGAUUUGACCCGCAGACUCAAGGGACCAUUCUCAAACUGGUGUCGGCCAUCUUACAUCUCGGUAAUGUGCAGUUUAAAGAAGAAAGUAACGUGGCUGUACCUAUCAAUGACGACCUGUUAACCAUGCCCGCGAAACUGCUCAGUGUCAACAAGGAUUUACUCAAGGAGAAACUGGUUAGCACCGUAAUGGAAGCCAGAUGGGGAGGCAAAGUUGAAAUCACCAAGAAGACAAACAACGCUGAACAGGCUCAGUUUGCUCGUGAUGCUUUGGCGAAAGCAUUGUAUUCACAAGUCUUUGAUUAUCUUGUUCGGAGUAUAAACGAGGCAAUGUCAAAAGAGAAAGACGAAAUGUCUAUUGGUGUACUUGAUAUCUAUGGCUUUGAGAUUUUUGAGAACAAUCAAUUUGAGCAGUUUGCCAUCAACUUUGUCAAUGAAAAGCUGCAGCAAAUAUUUAUUGAGCUUACACUUAAAACGGAACAGGAGGAAUAUGUACAAGAAGGAAUCCCAUGGCAGGAAGUCAAGUACUUUGACAACAAAACAGUCUGCGAACUUAUUGAGAGCAAGCGUCCCCCAGGUGUUAUGUGCACUCUUGAUGACGUCUGCAGUACAAUGCACGCAAAGACCGAAGGCUCGGAGAAAACUCUAAUGGAGAAACUUCGAGCAGUUGUGGCUUCAAAUAAAGACUUCAGUCGUUAUUUCAGAGCGCAGUCAAACUAUUUUACGAUCACCCACUACGCUGGAAAUGUGGAUUAUGAAGCCAAAGGAUUUUGUGAGAAAAACAAAGAUAUACUCUCAAACGAUAUGGUUGUAUUAAUGCAGUCUAGUGAGGAUGCAUUUGUUAAGGACCUGUUCCCUGUAGUUGCGAACCCUGAUAGCGGAGGUGGGCGUCGUGGUGGUGCGAAAUCAAAUACUGCUGGAGCAAAGAUUAAGUCCCAGGCGGCAGCUCUGAUCACCAAGAUUAUGUCAUGUACUCCUCAUUACGUUCGUUGUAUCAAACCCACUGAGUCCAAGAAACCGCUGGACUGGGACGACCAGAGAGUUCUUCAUCAGAUUCAAUACCUCGGUUUAAAAGAAAAUAUUCGCGUCAGACGAGCCGGAUUUGCAUUUCGUCGUCAAUUUGAACAGGUCGUGCGCAGAUACGGUAUUAUUUCCCCUGAAGUGAACAACUGCUGGACUGGUGACCCAGCUGAAGGUUGUAAAAUAGUCAUGAGAGAUUCUGGCAUCGAUCCCUCUCGAUGGAAAAUUGGCAAAACAAAGUUGUUUCUCAAAGAACCAAAUACACUUAAUGAACUGGAGGAUAUAAAAAAUAAAAUCCUGGAGAAGUACUGUGUCAAAAUUCAAGGUGUUUAUCGGACCUACAGGCUGCGCAAAAGGUUUCUAAGGAUACGGAAAGGUGUUGUUGUGAUUCAGAAGGGUUAUCGUCGAUACAGGGACCGUCAUAUUCUCGGCAGGAUGAUUGCCAUUAAGAAAUUGUUAAAAGGUAACGUAACACAAGGCAGAAGAAACAACAGUGCAAUAAUCAUACUAUGA